GCUUUCCGGGGAAGUCACUACUUACCGAAACGAAUUUGUACACAAGCAGGAAGGGUCUAGCGUGCCGAGCAAGAAGAAGUUGCGGCAUCGAAUAGUCUCAUGUCACAUCCUCUCCUUCUUACUUUUUUAAGACCUACCGAGUAGUACCUAUCACAACUUGCAGAAGUGGAAACCACGCCGGUUGGGUUACUCCAUGACGAUAGGAAGCUACAAUAAUGACAACCGAACCCAAGUGGAAGAUAGCAAUAGGAUCCGACGAUGCCGGUGUCGGCUAUAAGAGCAAGAUUAAAGAGGACUUCGAAAAGGAUCCCCGAGUCGAGUCUGUCACAGACGUCGGCAGUCUUUCGGCAGACGACAAGACGGCCUAUCCACACAGAGCAGCAGCCGCAGCACAGCUCGUUGCCGAGGGCAAGGUUGACAGGGCUCUACUUAUCUGCGGCACAGGUCUAGGAGUUGCCAUCGCGGCGAAUAAAAUUAAGGGCGUUCGCGCGGUGACGGCUCACGACAGCUUCUCAGUCGAGCGAGCCGUGCUGAGCAACAACGCCCAAGUCCUAUGUAUGGGGGAGAGGGUUAUCGGUUUAGAGCUCGCGCGCAGGUUGGCCAAGGAGUGGCUGGGAUACGUAUUCGACGAGAAGAGCGCGAGCGCCGCCAAAGUAGAGGUCAUCAGCCACCUCGAGAAGUCACUAUAAGCUGGGUACCUAUCUCAACCAGUCAACCUAACAACACAUAACCAAUAACCAACUCCAACUAGGUUGACAGGUACUAUAUACCUAGGUAAACUAAUACCAGGUACCUA